CUUGUUUUUCGUAUGUGAAAGCAUCCCGAAAUGCACAGAAUUCUUGUGUUCAGUUUUCAGUCUUUUCGUGAACGUUGCGGCGUCUAAGACUGUUUUCUAUAUCCAGUCGUCGUAUAUCAGAUCCUUCAGGAUAAAUUUUGUGUCUGAUUUUUGUUUUUUCUUCCCUUAAUUCAAAAAAGAAAAGAAUCUCUCUUGUCUCUUGUGAAAGUGAAACACAAAGUGGUGAAUUUUUCAAAUGAAAAUAAGAAAAAUAUAAAAAGAUCAACAUCAGAAAGUUCCUAUAAAAAAAGAAAAAAAAAAAAAGAAAAACGGUUUCGUCUCGAACUUUUAUUGCUAGUCACGUCUCCCAACAAAGCGGUACCUAAUUUUAAUAUAAAUAAAAACUUUUUAGCUUGAUUUGCACAUUCAUAUGCUAAAAGAAAAGUCCCCUUUUGUCGAAUUUAUUCGCAUCCUCUUGAAUAUAAUUAUUGUCGUCUCUCAACGCGUGUUUUUAAUGGUGUCAAAAAGUGAAACAGAUUGAAUCGAAAAUCGUACAUAUGCAAAUUAAAAGGUCUUCAUUUUAAGGACGGGAACGGAUAAGAAAGGUUAAACUUACAAUUUGAAAAAAUAAAAAUAAAAAAAAACGUCGAAAUGAGACGCGUUAACGGUUUUUAUUUAAGGGUCGUAAUUUGAAUUGAAAAAUGAUUAAAUCAAGUGGUGAAGGAAUAAAAUAUUAGCACCAAAGUUGUGAAAUACAAAAAUUUGAAUGUUCUGUUACUAAAAUCAUAAUUGUGAGAGUAAUUGAUAAAUCUUCUUCUUACAAAAUAAAACUUACAACGCUGAAACUAAUUUUAAAUGGAUAACAAAUCGAAAGGAUUGAUGAUUUAAAUGUUGAUUAAAAAGGUAUCUACCGUUUAUUGGGGCUUAACGUUUUGAAAAUCUAUUCUUCAUUCAAUAAUCCAAUCAACUUCAACACGGCACAUGGGGGUAUUUGCACCAAAAUUUAACAAAAUUCCCACUUUUUAUGUUAAUGACACGAUUUUCAACUGAAACUAUAUAAAUUUAAAUUUUUAUCUUAAAUUUGCAUAAAACCAAAAUAAAUAAUCCUAAAACACCAGGAAAAAGCUUGAAAUUAUUUUGGUACUUUAUUUUUAAUAAUAAUAAUUCACAAAAACAUUAAAAAACCUACGCAAAUAAAUUAGAUUCACUUUUCAAUUCAGUUUUUUUUGUUUUGUUUUUUAAUUUGAAAAACAAAAAGAAGCAAAACAAACAAUUUUUGUCCAGAAUUAAAAAAAAAGACAAAUACUCCUAUUUGCAACGUGCCCCAUCCAAAGAGUGAUUUGCAUAAAUUAUCUUCACUCCCUUAUCAAGAGAGCUAUAAAACCAUACCAGACCUGGCAGAUAGCAGAUAAUGAAGCUUUUGGGGGCCGUUUAUUAUUAAAACCAGCACGACUUUGGAGACUUUAAAACGACCCAAGCGACGACGACGCACGGUGACACGACGAUUCAGAAGUCAGAACAGUUUCCAUUGGCAUUCAAUUGUCAAUUCUAUCGCCGGCCGAAUAGAUUAGCAAAACUAAUCAACCUACCUUAGAGUAGAUAGAUUGAAAAUAGAUAAAGGGGAAACCUUCGUGUAGGACCCCCUGUCAAUGACAUGAGUCGCCAUGUGGACGUACAUGAUGGCAGCCGCCCGAGGAGAUCGGGCAAAUUCAAUGUUAUCCUCGAGACGUCGCACUGAGAGUGAAUCAUCGCCCAAGUAUGGUUACAAUCUAACCCGUCCUUUAUAUCGGACUACCCGGCUAACUGGAACACAUGCCGGUUCCGGAGUAUGCAACCAAUACCAACAAUUUCCGACAUACGGCAACCAAAUGUUCCAUCAUUCGAACUCGUAUGCCUCGCAUCAUCAUGUGACGUCACCGUCAGCAGCAUUCAAUGCUGCUCCUCCGUCGACUUCGUCGAAUCACAGCCAGAACAGCCAGGACGAGGAGGAUAGCAGUUUCUUUGGUCCCAUGUCAAAUGAGAACGCCACCACCAUAACUCCCACCAGUCAUAUCCAUCAUGACGCCGCCAACGCCACCCAACUAGGCGAACGAAAUUCGAUACCGAUACAGAAUCGAAAUCCAUCGGCGACGGUGACGUCUGGAGCACGUUCGACGAAUGUGUCUUUGGUUAUUGAACAAGGCCAAGCUGCAGAUAGAACCGCGCCACCUGGAUCGGGCCAACAGCUGAGGUCUUCAAAUCGACGACGCAUCAGCAGCAGCAACAACGACGACGAGGAGGUGGAUUACCUGGAGAGUGUGAUGGAAAAUGGGAAGCAAAUGUCAAAGGACCAAACAAAAGAAACAAAACCAUCAGCCCUGCGUAGAACUCUUAACGCAUUGCGACACAGGAUAACGAAACGAAGCCGGACGAAACCGCCCGAUUGGUUUUUGGAUAAAUUUUCAACAGCCAAUAAUGCCGAGAAAAUUGGCAAAUCCUCCAUAGCUGAUGUACCCGAAAUAACUGGCAAUAGUUGGUUAUGCAAUCGAUUGUCGGUGGAUCCGUCACUGCCGUCACAUUAUAGAUGGCUGUUUAUUGUUUCCGUAGCUGUGUUAUAUAAUAUAAUUUUUGUAAUGGGACGAGCUGUAUUCUGGGAGAUAAAUCGCAGCGCCUCGCCAGUAUGGUACAUUCUCGAUUACCUAUGUGAUUUAAUUUAUCUACUAGAUACAUUAGUACAUAUGCACGAAGGUUACCUGGAGCAAGGUCUUCUUGUUCGAGAUGCAUACAAAUUACGAAAACACUAUUUCUCAACCAAAGGCUGGUCAAUAGAUGUCCUCUCGAUGUUGCCAACAGACCUUGUCUAUAUAUGGUGGCCACCGACAUCAUGCAGUUCCAUACAUCUACCCUGCCCAGUGAUUGUACGACUCAAUCGUUUAUUGCGUCUUCCAAGGAUGUGGGAAUGGUUCGAUCGCACCGAAACCGCUACCGGAUAUCCCAAUGCAUUUCGUAUUUGCAAAGUUGUCCUAGCCAUCUUGGUUCUGAUACACUGGAAUGCAUGCAUGUACUUUGCCAUCAGUUUUGCCCUUGGUUUCGGAACAGAUAAUUGGGUGUACAAUUUGAAAGGUGACCGCAAUGCCACACUCCAGAGACAAUAUAUCUACAGCUUCUAUUGGUCUACCUUGACGUUGACCACAAUUGGAGAAACACCCACUCCUGAGAAUGAUGCCGAGUAUCUAUUUGUGGUGGCAGAUUUUUUGGCUGGUGUUCUCAUCUUUGCUACGAUUGUAGGAAACAUCGGUUCGAUGAUUUCGAACAUGAACGUAGCCAGGGUCGAGUUCCAGAAUCGCAUGGACGGUGUGAAACAGUACAUGGCCUUCCGGAAAGUGGGCAACGAAUUAGAGGCACGAGUGAUUCGUUGGUUUGCCUACACUUGGUCACAGAGUGGGGCGUUGGACGAGGAGCGAGUGCUCUCCGCCCUGCCGGACAAACUGAAGGCCGAAAUUGCCAUCCGGGUGCACAUGGACACUCUGAAGCAAGUACGAAUCUUCCAAGACUGCGAACCAGGCCUGCUGGAAGCGCUGGUGCUGAAACUAAAGCUGCAAGUGUUCAGCCCGGGCGACUACAUCUGUCGCAAGGGCGAUGUUGGCAAGGAAAUGUACAUAGUCAAGAGGGGGAAGUUGUCGGUGGUGGCGGACGAUGGAGUGACGGUAUUUGCCACUUUGGGUGCAGGUUCAGUUUUUGGGGAGGUUUCGGUGUUGGAAAUAGCCGGUAAUCGAACGGGCAAUAGAAGGACGGCAAAUGUUCGCUCGCUGGGCUAUUCGGAUCUGUUUUGUUUGGCUAAGAGGGAUCUGUGGGAAACGCUGGCCGAUUAUCCGGAGGCGAGAGCCACCCUCACCGAGAGGGGAUGUCAAUUACUGCGGAAGGACGGACUGCUCGAUGAGGAUGUAUUUUCAAAUUCCCAACGUGUUCAAGAUAGUAUAGAAGGUGGAAUAGAAAAACUCGAGGUUUCCGUAGAAAAUCUUAAUGUUCGGCUGGCGAGACUCCUGGCCGAAUACACCGCAAGCCAAGCUAAAUUAAAACAACGAUUGGCUAAAUUGGAAGUCAACGCCCAAUUAACAACCAAAGAACAACAAGAAAACUCCCAAAAAAUGCGCAGCAGUCGUUUAUAUUCCCUACCAGCGAAAAAACGUCGACAACGUCCAAUUUCAUCGAAAUCUGCCGAUUCCAAACAAAACACUUUAUGAAGAGAAUUUACGAUAAAAACACCAAUUCCAAACAUUUUAUACGAAUUUGUUUUUGAAAUUAAAUUAAUUUUCAACUUUAACUACUUGUAGAUCAAAAAACAACUACAG